AUGCUUAGUCUUUUCCACACCCAAAAGGUGUUUGGAGUUAGUAUAGAAAAGAUCAGAUCGAUAUAUUUAGAGAAUGAUAUCCCAAGGUUUUUGACUGAAUGUGCGACAUUUAUUCUACAAAAUGAAACUACUGGCAUCUUCAGAAUUCCAGGCGAUAUCAAAAAGGUGCAAAGUUACAAGAAAAAGGCGGAUAAGUGUGUUUCACUCGAGUUGCUUUUUGAACCAAAACACGUCCACACAGUCACUUCUUUGAUGACUCAAUUUCUUAAGGACUUACCAGACCCAAUAAUACCACGGGAGUUGUACCCAAAGUUUUUAGCAUGUGCCUCAACUUAUUAUUCCGAGAAAUUUACCAACCAAAAUGCAUUGGCGGUUGCAGCAAACACCUUUCACUUCUUGUUACUUUCGAUGCCACCAAAGAAUCUCAAAGUUCUAGCGUUUUAUAUGAAUUUCUUUUACAAUUUGACAAUCAAUAAUCAAAGUGUCCACAAAAUGAAUUCAGUGAACCUUUCGACGUGUGUAGCUCCAAAUGUUUUACGAGGGGACAACGUAACAAAAUAUGAGGAGAUCCAUUUGCAGGUGUUGACUGGCACAUUUUUCAUUGAAUAUUAUCCAUUGCUCUUCAGAGACACUUGUUUAACAAAUGGAUUACUUUUCCCACAGUACCAAAACGUUUCAUUUGACUCAAAGAAUAUAGAACUUCAGAAAUUAACUAAAUCUGUUGUCUUGACUCCGAGAAAUCGUCCACAGAAGAAAGUGACAGAAAGCAUUUGGAAGGGGUUCAAUGUCAAGCUUCAAAAAGAACAAGAGAUCGACGAAUUGUUCCAGUGGAGAAAAACAGCCCAAAACCAAUGUGAAAAACUCUCGAAGAGUACUAUUGACCUCUACCACAAUCAAAAUGAAUUAGAGAGUCAUCUAGUCAGGUCUUUUUUGCGGCCAAAAAGCGAGAGUAUUGCUACAACACUUAUUGAGAUCCAAAAGGAAGACAUCAAUUUACCAAAAAUCGAUACAACAACUUUGUUCAUGAACAAAGAGAAAAAAAAGAAGUUAUCUUUCGAUAUUCCACUUAAGAAAAUGCAUCGCAAAUGCACCAUUUCAAAUUAUUAA